UCAUUCCCCAGAAUAAAAAUCACAACCACCUGUACCACUGUACCACCACCACCCCUUUCAAAAUCCUUCCCUUUUCUGUGCCCUAAAACCCUCCCUGAAUCCCUCUCUCCCACUCUCUCUCUCUCCAAUUUUUCAGAACCCGCCAUUUUCAUCUCUUCUCACCUUCUCUCUCCUCAAUGACGCCACAUUCCUACUCCCUCGAUUCCCAAUCCAAAUCCUCCGACCUCGCCGCUAAAUUCUUCACCGCUAAUUCUCCGGCGCAAAUCGCCGCCGUUGUCACCGCCGUUGAAUCUCACCUCUCCGCUCACUCGCCCGACCAAAACCGCCAUUUCUUCUCACUCGCUUUCCCUGCUUUCCUCUGCAAGUUCUUCGGGUUCGAUGUUUCUUCGCCUUCUCCGCAGAAACUGCCUUCCGGAGCUGCUGGUUGGAUCGAUACGGUGUCGUUUUCUAAUGACUCUGACCUCGCUGGUAAACUCUUCAAUCUUCUCUCUCCUCAUGGAACCCUAGUGAAUUCAAUUAUGGCUGUUGAUCGGUUAUCUCUUGUGAAAUUUGUGUUUCCUGUUGAGAGGUUGCCUGAGUGGGUUAGGUUUUUGCUCUCUAGUGAGAAAGACUGUCGAAUUUUAUCUGAUUUUUGUCCGUUGUUUAAGGGGAGGAUUAAGGAAGAUGAAAUCAAAGGGAAUUUUCAGGUUCAUUUGAAUAUUUUUGAGUACUUUAUGUUUUGGUUUGCUUAUUAUCCUGUUUGUAGAGGUAAAUGUGAAAAUUCUGGAAAUGUUUCGGUUAGGAAUAGUAGGAAAUCUAAGCUGGAAAAUUGGGCUUCGUCCAUUCCAGUGAUUUCGAGUGGUAAUAAACGCACGUCAGAGCAGAAAAUUGAUUGUAAUUUGUACCUGAAGCUUUUGUAUGCUUAUCUACGUGAUUUUGUCCCCAUGGAUGACUUGAAUGCACAUCAGCCUUACCGUAGCUCGCUUCUCCAUUACUCGCCGAGCUAUGAUGAUUCUGUUGUACUGCGUGCUGAGUUCUUGGUUGAGACCUUGGUGCACUAUUGGUUGGUGGAUAGUGACUUCUCGCCAUUGGCAGUGAAUGUGUGUAAAUCAUUUGGUUUGUUGUUUCCAUUUCGGUCAGUAUUGGGUGAGACACCCCCGGCUUCAGGAUUGGGUGAGGUGGUGAAGUUGUUGGUGAAAUACUUGAAUUUGAGCUCCGUAGUCGUAACAGAUGGGACUAAGCAAGUUGAGUAUGGUGUAAGUCCAAUGAGCAAGAAGUUGGGAUCCAGUGAUUUUGUGAAAACUAGGGAGGUUCCUUAUGUUUUAUCCAGCUUGCCAUCUGGUGGCUCUUGGAACUCCUAUAUCCAAAGGCCGUUGUAUAGAUUUAUUCUAAGGACAUUUUUGUAUUGUCCAAUGGGGUCUUCUAUGAAGAAUAUUUCUGAGGUUUUUUCAGUCUGGAUUAAUUAUAUUGAACCAUGGAGGCUUAGCAAGGAAGAAUUCUCAGAGCUUGAUGGAAUGGAUGACGCUUCUAAGAAAAGGCCAGACAGAGAUAGUGAUGACUCCAAUCAGCUGCAGUAUUCAAUGAAUUGGCAAGGCUAUGUGCUGUCGAAUUAUCUGUUCUACACAUCAUUGGUCAUGCAUUUUAUUGGUUUUGCGCACAAGUUUCUUCAUACCGAUGCUGAAGGGAUUGUCCAGAUGACAUCAAGGGUGAUUGACAUAUUAAUGUCUUCAAGAGAGCUAUUCGAGCUCAUAAAGAAUGUCGAUGCUACUUUCCACUCAAAGACUGCUGGAUCUGGCAAAUCAGCAGCUAAUAACCUGAACAAAUUUAUUCCACAGAUCCGUGAGCAACUUCAGGAUUGGGAGGAUGGCUUAAGUGAGACUGAUGCUGAUGGUUCCUUCUUACACGAGAAUUGGAACAAAGACCUUAGACUCUUCAAUGAUAGUGAGGAUGGUGGCUCUCAACUGCUUCAGCUGUUCAUAUUGCGUGCGGAGACAGAGCUUCAAGCAAUAUCCGGUGAUAACCUUGCGAACAACCUCCAGUGUUUGCACUCUUUGAAGUCAAAGUUACACUGUUUAUUCGGUGACCAUGCUGUGAAGCAGUCCCCUAUAUCUACGAGAACAGAACAACGUCAACACUCACGUGAUGAGCUAUUCAUGCCCAGGAGGCUGCGUAAUGGUUCAGUUGUCAACGAUAACUACAAGGGUGAUUGGUUGAGGCGACCCAUAUCAGAUGAUGAGAUUGCUUGGCUUGCAAAGCUUCUGAUCCAUUUAUCCUGUUGGCUUAAUCAAUCUUUGGGGCUAUAUCAUGGAGGACUUGAUGGUAAUUGUCCUUAUGUGGAGGUACCAAAUGACAGAGUAACUGAGUACGGUAUGUCUGAUUUCUUGAAAGUUGUGAUGUGUUCAAUAGUGUCGUGGUUUUCAGCAGUGCGUUUGUCAAUAUCAAGGUUGAUGAUAAGAUAUGGACUGAAAGUAAACUUGAGGAUUUUUGCCUCGAAGAAGUUUGUAUCGGUGGUGAUUGUGUUUGCCCUGUUCAGCAUGCUGAGGAGAGCUUUUAGGUCAAUUUGGUAGAAUGUAGGUAACUCGAAGUAUUAAGGAAGAGUUUGUCUAUAGCAAGAUUUUGCGGCUUUUGAACUUGCUCUGUUUACUGUAAAUACGACUUGCACACAGGUAGAUUUGGUGAAUGAUACGAAGUAUUAGUUUUCUAUCGGCCAACUAUGAUGGAACUUGUUCUGACUGAUGAUGUCCAAACAGGACAAAAUGAGGACAAGAAGGGUUUUGGACUGCAGUUUGCAAGGCUUGAAGUUUUGGUCAGUUUUGGUCAUCUGUUACUAUAAAUGAUUCCCUGCAAAUUGCAAAACCAGUUUUCUUAGUAGUAGAAGUGGAUUUCAGAGCAGGACUGAUUCUAGCCACCAAGGACUGGUGGCUGGAUGUUGGAAAACCCGAGUUCUGUUGUUUCCGAGGAGGAAAAUAGGCGUUGUUGAAAUGUUGUUCGUGUGUGUCAUUGUACUAGGGUUGUUUCGUAAGAAAAUAUCUUUCCGUUACGUUUUUGGUCAAUUAAACAUGCUCUACACUUCUCAUAGAGGAACAAUGUACUACAGAUAAUGAUUUCAAUUUAUCUUACUCAUACGCUGUCACUAAUCUUCAUGGGAAUGACAGCUGCUUCUUUUUGACAGCUAAACCUUAUUUCUUCCUGGUAUUCUAGUGAAGAUUAUAUGGUGUUCAA